AUGGACUUCGAUAAUCUCGCGAAAGAGCAGUCAGAUCGAGUUUAUCUAGUGUGGAUCCAGAAUCUACUCAGAAACGUACCAGAGGAGUUGGCAGGCAAGCUUGCUUCCCAGCAUUAUCCUGGCACGCCUGUAACGGCUUCCCGGCUUCGAAAUGGGGCUUUUAACAUUUGCUAUCGAGUCACUUACGACAAUGGUCAUCGCGUUGUGGUUCGCUUUACAGCCCUUGGCCGAGCCAUCGCUCGUAAUGAGAAAGUUGAGGACGAGGUCUCAAUAAUGAAUUAUGUUGCUCAGCACACCACGAUUCCCGUUCCAAAGGUCUUAGGACAUGGCAAAUGUGCGGUUGGCCCGUACAUUGUGAUGUCAUUUAUCGAAGGAGAUACAUUGAGCGGUUACCUCAGGGAUCCGUUGCAGGAGACAGCCACAUUGAGUUCAAAGAUCUCGAUGUCUGUCUUGAAGAGAGCUUAUUUCGGCAUGGCUGAAGUGCUGCUAGAACUGUCGAAGCCUGAAUUUCCGUACAUCGGAGCUAUCAGAAAGGACGAGUCAGGGGUUUGGACUGUGCCAAAGCGUCCACUCACUUUCAACAUGAAUCGGCUUGCUCAAUUCUCCAAUAUCCCACACAGUGUCUUCGGUCAACAACAUUUCAGCACCGCGGCGGAUUAUUUUGAGGAGCUCGCUCAGCAGCAUUUCUAUCAUCUUGAAUUCCAACGUAAUGAUGCAAUUGCAGACAGAGCCGACUGCCGGAAGAAAUACGUCGCACGCUGUCUUUUCCGCAAGCUUUCACGUGAGGUAUCAAAAGCUCAUUGCAGUGGCCCUUUCCGACUCUAUUGCGAUGACCUUCACCCUGACAAUGUCCUCGUUGAUGCAUCAAAGCUUGUUGUCUCCGGGGUGGUCGAUUGGGAGUUUACCUAUGCUGCUCCUGUUGAAUUUACAUAUGCUGCUCCUUGGUGGCUCUUACUGCAGCGCCCCGAGAACUGGGAUGACGAUCUCGAACAAUUUUUGGCGCGCUUUAUGCCAAGAUUUUUGAGAUACUUCAGGAUUGCGAGGCAAGAAAAACCAAGGACGGAUCCUUGA